CAAAUAUGACUUCCUCAUUCUGUUCCCUUCCUUUCAACGAAAACGACUCUCAAGAAAUGCUCCUUUACCAACUUCUCGCUCAGCCUGCUGCACCUUCCUCCCACUCAAUAACAUCAUCGUUAUCUUCGUUGUCUCAUGGUUCAAGUGUCGCCGAAGCAGAGGUUUCGGUUUCGUACAGAGGGGUUCGGAGGAGGCCGUGGGGGAAGUACGCGGCGGAGAUAAGGGACUCCACCAGGAACGGAGUCAGGGUUUGGUUGGGAACCUUCGACACUGCCGAGGCUGCUGCUCUGGCUUACGACCAGGCUGCUUUGGCCAUGCGAGGCUCCAUGGCGGUGCUCAACUUUCCGGCUGAGAUGGUUUGGCAAUCGCUUCGGAAAAUGGAGUAUGGUUUUGACCAAGGGUGUUCCCCUGUUCUGGAGUUGAAAAAGAGACACUCCAUUAAUAGAAAAUGGGAGAGGAACAAGCUCAAGAAUAAGGUGCAGGAAGAAGAAGAAGAAGGGGUUUCCCAAAAUGUGAUGGUGUUGGAGGACUUAGGAGCAGAGUAUUUGGAACAUCUUCUUACUGUCUCGCAGGAUAUGAUAUGAAUGUUUCUUACUCAAACCUUCUCUUUCCAGUGUCAUGAGUUGCUCUCAUACAAAUAAAACCCUUUUCUCA